GUUUAUGUCUCCGACCUUAGUGCUAAGUUAAACGCCGCUAAUGCGGGCUGCUUUAUUGGAAAUGUCGCUGUGGAACCACCUCUUCUACGCAGAUGACUCGUGUUUAAUCUGCCCCUCAGCAAAAGCUGUACAGAAACUGAUUAACGUCUGUGAGGCCUUUGGCACCGAUAGUGACAUGAUUUUCUGUGCUAAGAAAACAAACUUUAUGUACUUUCCAUGUGAUCGAAUUGCUCUGUACGGAGUGCCACCUGUAGUGAAGUUGUACGGCAAACCCUUACCGUACGUCCCUUCGGCCACCUACCUCGGCUUCCAAAUCACUCCUGACCUCUCUGAUGACGACCUAUGAUCUAUUCGUAAACAAACCAGGCAUAUGUACACAAAAGCUAAUUCACUUAUCCGCAAAUUUGGUUACUGUUCUCAUGCGGUGAAGCGCACUCUGUUCAUAGCACACUGCAGUGCAAUGUAUUGUGCUCAGCUUUGGUCCAGCUACAGAGCAGGAAACAUUCAUAGGCUACGAGUUGCUUAUCACGAUGGUCUUAAAAUCCUACUGUCUCAGCCUAGGAGUACUAGUAACAGCGACCUAUUUGUUCAGACGCGUGUAGACACGUUUGACGCCAGGCGCCGGAAGUUGUUGUACUCCUUUGCUUCUCGUCUGUUAGCGUCUGAGAACGCAAUUGUCAAACUGCUGCUCCCCUCGGAGACCUUCUGCUCUAGCCCAUUCUGGAGCCAUUACUGUAGACUGGUCCGCCCAUCGUAA